AUGACGCUUAGCUAUGUGAUUGAACACAUGGAAGACGACGAUGACUCUCCAAAAGCGAUCCCGCCUUGGGUCGAGCUAGAGUACGCGCAUAUGCGCUCUUUAGCUGGUCCCGCUGCUCAGAUACACUUUACCUCUCUCUCCAGCGCGUCCAGAUCCUCCCUUUCCACAGUGUCCAUUCCGGCAGAGGGCCUCGCAGACGCUAGUUGUCAUCAAGCAGGGAUAAUGCAACUGAUGGAAGAACGAGGGGUCGAGCUGAGCAAGGUCUGUCUGCUAGACCCGAAGGCGGAGAAAGCGUUGGCGCCAGAAGACGGAGAUGGAGAGUUCGAGUGGUUCCUUUUCGGGGGCAUUUUGGGUGACGACCCGCCGCGGGAUAGAACGUCUGAGUUGCGCGUGCGAGGCUUUCCGACUAGGCAUCUGGGACCCGUUCAAAUGACGACGGAUACUGCGUUGGGUGUAACUAAAAAGGUUGUCCACGAUAAAGUCCCUUUGGACAAGAUCCCUUAUGUCGACUUUCCGACAAUUCGGUUUAAUGCGAAGGAAAGUGUCGAGAUGCCUUUCCGUUACAUUGCCAACGAGAAAAGCGAGCCGAUUCUCCCUGUUGGCAUGCGCGACCUUCUCCACGAGGAUCUCAACAAAAGCUUUGAUUUUUGA